AGGCAUGUCUAUCUGUAAGCAACAGCGUUCAAGUCUCGGGCCUGAGCAACCAAGUCGAUCUAAAGCCAUUUAGUACCAUUUUGAUCGUUAGACAGUGCUUCCAACGGAGCUUACGGCGGUAUAGUGAUCGCGUAGAUUCGGAUACGUAUUUACUCUUGGAUACAUAGUCGAUCAAUCCAGGGAAUCGUAACAAAAAUAUUUUAUCAGGCAAUUAUGGCCGGCCCCCUUUUGAAAACGUGCUGCCUAUGUCAGUCCCUGCGUACAGGUUCUGUAAUAUCGGGCGUGUGCGGAAUUUUACUUGCAAUCGCUGCGCUUAUUCUGAUGUUUGUUUCACGAGUGGAAUUCAAAACGAUAUUGAUAGAUUGGCUGCCCUCGUCGGUUGUUAAAAUUAUUCUCGCUAUAAAUCUAUGCAUGACAAUCUUCAUUUCCACACUGCUAAUCGUUGGAACGCUGAAGCGUAAUCACUAUCUGAUGCUGCCUUGGGUAGUUUUAGGAAUAGUUCUUGCCGUAGGUCUUCUAGUCUCCGUUAUUUAUACCUCGGUUGUAUUUUUCAUUGAUGGAUUCGUUUUAAUGGGAGCACUUUGGUUGGUUUUCGGCUUAUUAGCUGUUGUUAUCUACGUUUACAUGUGGUGCGUAGUGUACAGCUACUUCACAAUUCUACGACAAGAGAAUGACCGAGGACUGUAUAAUAAACAACCUUAUAGGAGAUGAACAAUACAACGUUAAUCCCAAUUUGCAUCAAAUUAAUGCUAAUCAAGACUAAAAAGCUUUUUCUGUCGAAUAACCAUACGAAAAUGUCAAGCGAUGUUUUUAUUAUUUAUCAAUAGGUUAAUUUAUUAUUUUGAUAUGCCAUUUUAUGAAACAAUGCUUUAAUUUUUUAAAUAAAAGUACAAUGUUUUUCGAUAUUUCUAUAUUAACUGAGUACACUGUAACAUGGAGCACGACGGUAGCAAUUAAUCUUCCUAACAAGUGAAUAUUCACUUCUGGAGUAGAAUAGUAACGAAUCUGGAAUAAUUUAACUAUCGAAUGAGAUUAUCGAGAAAAUAGAGAUAUAAACAAACCAA